AUGACGCCGUUCAAACUCCUCCGAAGAAUCCGCAGCAGCAUUCCCGCACCGCUUCCAAUACGGACCUUUCACAAUACAUCUACCUCCCUGGUGAAAGCUCUCCCUCCUCGACCGAAGCCCCCACCUGAGUCUGAGAUCGAAGAGUCCUAUGUAAAAGGCAGCGGUCCUGGUGGACAAAAGAUUCUGAAGCACAUACCCACUGGCAUCGUCGUCAAGUCUCAGGCAACCCGUUCAAGAGACCAGAACCGGAAGCACGCCCGUGAAUUACUCGCACAACGUGUUGAUGAGCUUCGUAAUGGAGAUCAGAGUCGAUCGGCUAUUGUCGGCAAGGUAAAGCAAAAGAAAGCUGCAAGCGCUUCGAAAAAGAGUCGUAGGAAGUACAAGAAACUUGAGGAAGAGAAGAAGACCGCCACAGUUGCUGAAGUUGGGGCGCAGUCAGACACAGCUCCUGCUUCAGCAGAGGGAAGUGACCCAACCAUGGACGACGCAAACGAUUGCCAGACUUCUCAACCCCUAGACGCCACAAGUAAUACGCCAUGA